AUGGGGACAUCCCAGGGAGUCAUGCAGGAGGCAUCUGUAGCCUGGAGAGAAGUGAUACUGCCUGGAAAUUCCAAGGAAAAAAUAAAGGCUGGUCAGUUUGACAACAUGCUGUUAUUCGCCUAUAGGGACAACAGAUUAACAACGGAACCAUCAAAAGAGUAUCUAUUCAAAUACAAAGGGUUUUAUUUUGGUGUAAAUACUUCACUUGAGUAUGUAGUUUUCCUGGUGGAUUUUGAAAUCAAAGAUAGUGUCAUAUUUAUAACUACUUACCCAAAAUCAGGUAAGAUGUGGACUCAAAACAUUUUGAGCUUAAUAAUUCAUGAAGGCUACCAUAAUGGAACAGAAAAUGUGGAGACCAUGUACAGAAUCCCAUGGCUGGUAAAAAAAAAAAAGGAUUAUGCAGAUCUUCCUUUGCCUUGUGUUUUUGCCACCCACCUGCCUUAAUACUUCAUUCUAAGAGACCUGAGAAACAAAAGAGGACACAUUAUUUAUGUUACCAGGAACCCUAAGGAUGUUAUGGUUCCUUACUACCACUUCUCCAAAUUCAUGUCCACACUAGAGGAAGUAUGAGAUUUUAACCUUUAUGAGAGAUUUUUAGCUGGCAAAGUACCUGCUGGUUUGUGGCUGGAUCACGUUGCAGGCUGGUACACUCAUGCAGAGGAUUUCAAUAUACUCUUCCUUACCUAUGAAGAAAUGAAAAAGGAUCUCAGAAGCACUGUGCUGAAGAUCUGCAACUUCCUAGGCAAGAAGCUGAGCAAGGAAGAGGUGGACAGAGUUGUGAAACAGGCUGCAUUUGAGAACAUGAGAAAAGAUCCCAGGGCAAACUAUGGGAACCUGCCAGAUGACAUUGUAGCAAAAGGCAAAGGUAGUUUUCUACAAAAAGGUAAAGUGGAAGCAGCACUAUUGGGAGACUGGAAAAACAUCAUGACAGUGGCACAGAGUGAAAGGUUUGACAAAGUUCUUAAAGAGAAAAUGAAGACCCUGCCCAUCAAAUUCAUCUGGGAUAUUAACAAUGAAACAUAG